GCACCACACAUGUUCACAGACCGAGCAGCGCAGAGGGAAACAAGCGUGCGGAGCUGAGCUCAUUCCUCCUUAUCGUAGGCUUCAAGACACGCACUGUGUGUAAGGUGGAAGUAACUUUUAUCCUCCAGAGAAGAGCUUUAAACAACCCGGAAUAUAUAUCUGGUUAAAAGUCUCACGGCAAACGAUAACCAUGUCGGCCUCAACGGCGAAAGUCAACAGAAAGGAGAAUUCAAAUCACGACGGAGCAGAGGAGACCUCUGAAAAAGAGCAACAGGAAGCAAUUGAACACAUUGACGAAGUACAGAAUGAAAUUGACAGACUGAAUGAACAGGCAAGCGAAGACAUUUUAAAAGUCGAGCAGAAGUACAACAAAUUACGCCAGCCGUUCUUUCAGAAGCGAUCAGAACUCAUAGCCAAAAUCCCCAACUUCUGGGUCACAACAUUCGUCAACCAUCCACAAGUUUCAGCUCUUCUGGGGGAGGAGGACGAGGAAGCGCUUCAUUACUUGUCGAGGGUGGAGGUCACUGAGUUCGAGGAUAUCAAGUCUGGAUAUAGAAUAGAUUUUUAUUUUGAUGAAAACCCAUACUUUGAGAACAAAGCCCUCUCCAAAGAGUUUAAUGUCAACGAGAGCGGGGAUCCUGUUUCCAAAUCAACGGAAAUCAAGUGGAAAGCUGGAAAGGACCUGACGAAGCGAAGCGGGCAGACGCCGAACAAAGCGGGGAAGAAGCGGCAGCACGAGGAGCCUGAGAGCUUCUUCACCUGGUUCACAGACCACUCAGACGCUGGCGCCGACGAGCUGGGAGAGGUGAUCAAAGACGACAUCUGGCCCAACCCGCUGCAGUACUACCUGGUCCCUGACAUGGAGGAUGAGGAAGGUGAUGAUGAUGAUGACGACGACGAGGAGGGUCUAGAAGAUAUCGACGAGGGGGAAGAAGAGGAAGGUGAAGGUGAAGAGGAUGAGGAGGAGGAUGGAGAAGAUGGCGAGGAUGAGGAGGAUUAAACAGUUCAGCAGACUCUUUCCUCCCUCUGUGAUCAUCCUACAACCCACAGGAUUAAUAUGGGGGGGGUUUGUAAAAAUACAACGCAAAAAUCGUUUUUCCCUGCGUGUUGUCAGCCUCUCUUCCUCUGCAGCCUCAGCCUGUCCAUAAUGCAUACACCGGGGGGGUGGUCAUUCACUCCUCUAGUCUCCCCUUUGAUUGUUUCUCUACAUCACCCAAAGACAUGCGAAAGGUUCAAACUUUUUUGUAACAUUCUGCACAUCAUCCUACGUAGAUUUCAAAUACGUACCAUAGCAAUUUCUAUGUCAAAUAUGAAAAUCAGUUUCUGUUGUGGGUUCAAUAAAAAAUAAGCCAUGGUGCCGUGAUAACUUGAUAGCAUCCUUUGCCACUUCUACAUAUCAAUGUAUAUUACAGUAUAUCUAGUGGUGGGGAUACCAAGGCUUAUUGGAAGUUGCAUUUCCUUUGUGACUUAUUGUUCUAAUGGAACUGACUGAAAGCACCUGCUUGUUCCUUAACAGCUGUUCUAAAUGUUCUGAGAUAUCAGCGUAUCUUGGUAAGACACUUGUUUAAUGGGGAGGUGUGUGGGGGGGAGGCAGCGAGGUUUUGACAACAAAGCUGGGCUUCUGUUAAAUACAAUUAUCUUGUUUCAGACAACCGCAGAUGGUUUGAAAGACACUUCUUUUUUUUUUGUAUAUAUAGAAACAACCUAAAGAUCUAAGUUUUAGCUUGACCUGACAUUUUGUGUUGGGAGAGGGAACGCGUUCUGUGGAAUCCUCUAGGGAGCCUAAAGUGUUUCUUUUGUUCACAUUAGAUUAAGUUUAGUGGCUUUGUUACAAUAAAUAAUUAUACAUGAUUGGAUUUGUCUUUAUUGUUUAUCUUUUGUUGUAUAUGACCUUUUGUUAAACUAAACAGUUUCUUGCCCCCGCAGUCUGCAGUGGGUCCAGCAGAUGGUGAUAAUCUUUGACUGUAUUAAGAUUUUGUGAAUAAAAAGGAUGAACGGAU